GGUACAAUACAUUGACGAGAUCAGUCAGAGCCGCAGCUCAAGUAAAAGUAUUAAUGCUGAGAUGGCGAAUUUGGCACACAUUAUUUUAAUAUUUCUAAACAUCUACGGUAUUUUCGCGGCAGAUUCUACCUGUAAUAAUUAUGUUUCAGAAAACGCGGAGAAUAAGCAUCCCUUCAUAAAAAUCGGCAACAAGUACUACUUUAUAAACGAGUCAUUAAAGAUGAACUGGUUCGCGUCUUCUUACUACUGCCGCUCUUAUGGUGGCGAAUUGGCAAAUAUUGAAUCGCCUGCAGAAAUGCUGGCACUGCAAAAUUACAUUUCAGCUAGAAAAAUAGAAUCGCGACUUUGGUUUGACGGCAACGAUUUGGCAAGGGAAGGAGAAUACAUAUCACACGCCACUGGCCGGCCUUUGACCUUCACCAAUUGGUUACCGAAUAAUCCUGACAAUUCGAGCAAUGAAGAUUGCCUUGAACUUUAUUUGUACAACAAAACACUUUUAAUGAAUGAUGAUAACUGUGAUCGCAAAAUUUUUGCGAUUUGUCAGUACCCCGAGCGUUAUAGACAAAAGUCGCUGACGUAUCAAAACGAUAACUCUAUACUAAGUGGCUUAGUUGAGGCUUUUGCGCAAACUUUUCAAAAUUGUAAAUCAAGGGCGUUGUGCCCCACAUCAUAGGGCGUGCGCGGCGCUUAUCAUUUUGUGUCCCCUUCAAACGAAUUAGAGAGGAUGACGCCAACUAAGAGUACAUAAAGCGAAGGAUACAUGGCGCUCUUUCAAAGUGCACGACUUCACAAAGUGUAAGUUGUUGUUUCACAUUUAUACCUGUAUAUAAUUUUGUAUUAGUCUUCAAUCUUUAUACUGAUCUCUUACAAACAAAAUUAAAUAAAACUGGCAAA